UCUGUGGGGACGAAAGCAGCUGUCAACUCAAAGAGGAAGACAUAAUCUGAGCAGGCGGAAUGAGAUGAAACAGAGCGGGCCUUGGUUCUGCAAAAGUUCCCCGCACUACUGAGAACUUUUUCGCAUGGAAACAGGUCAAAGUUGGCCCUUUUGAGACGAGCUGAAGCUGGAAGCGGAGACUUGGUGGAGGGUGGACCACAGCGGCAUACAGAGGUCUUGACAGGUCUUGCUCUGAGUGUUGAUUAUCUAUUUGUGCAAGUAUGAAUCCAGUGUGGAAAGUGUAUAAGAGCAAAGUGCUGAAGACUCUCAACCCUGAGUAUGAAGAGGAAGCUGCUGAAGAGGUCACAGAGGUGGAGAAUGAUAUAGGACCUGUGCAGGAGGAUGAGGGACCCAAUGCUGUAUCCCAGCUGGCAAAGAGAAUGCAGGGAGCCGGGACUAAGAGCUGGAACAGGUUUUCAACCCUCUUCAACAAAGAGGAUGAACACCAGCUUCUUGAGGAGACUGAGAGCCCGCCAGUCCCCGACCAUCCACUUGCAGUAAAGCCGGAGGAGCCUCCUCGUCCUCCAAAGCGCUCAACAUUCUGGGAUAGCUUUGCCUCCAACUGGGCUGCCAAGAAGCAGGCGGAGGCUGCUGCCGCUGCUGCUGCUGCAGCCAACGAGGCAGCAGCAGGUCAGGGUGAGGAGGGGGUGACAGAGGCCGUAGGGGAGGCCAGCCAGGAUGGGCAGAUCCCUCAGGCAGAGGAGAGCGUACAAGGAGGAGAUGGAGGAGAAAGGAGCAGCAACAGCUUCUCCAAAUACGUCUCGCUCGGAGGAGGGAGCGAGGACGCAUCCUUCAAGUGGAAUUUUGUCACCAACAAGCUGGCAGAGCUGAAGACCAAGAGCAACUAGCUGCUCCUGGUGGAGGAAUCUGGAGAAUAUAAACAAUAUGAUGAAGGGUUUAUAUGUUGGAGUAUGGAGGAAGUUUAGGGGGAGGCUAUGUUUUACACAGGAUGUCCUGUAACUAACUGUACACCUAUUGUAAAAGUCCCUUUCAUUCUGAACUUUUGAAUUAUCAGCCACAUCACAAUGAACCAAAAACAGUUGUUUAAAAACAUUUCCUUGAUUUUAUUUAAGGCCCACAUGCUCUGAGCCCACACAUAGUUUGAAGUUGUUUGUAAUACAUUUUCAAGAGCAAGCAAAGAUCACAAUAUGACUGAUGGCAAACUUUAAAGCUGAUAAUCAAAUCUCCAGGGAGACACAAAGGUGUUCAUUAUUCUACGAUACCUUAGAAAUAAAACGAGUUUAUUUCACAAAGAGGACUUCUACAAUUGUUAGAAUUCAAACGUUUACACUAAUUGAUAAUAAUCUGUUAUUUCUCUGAGAUGAGGUGGGUGUACAAUGCAUAUCUGCCGACAGAGUUUAUAGUUGCCUCUUCCCCAGUUUGAGACACAGUGCAACAUGUUCAGAGGAUACCACAGACACUUUCCUUUAACUGGUGUUGAUUCUGGUCUGCACAUCACAGCCUGCUUUAGUGAGGUUGUAUGGAGAUAUCUUCUUUCCCAAAGUGUUUUUUAAACCACAAAAAGGUUCCUUCACACUUGUCUGCAGAUGUGAUCUAAUCUGUAGUUUAGCAAAAACCGGAUUAAGAGAUUAAAGGCAGCGAUAGCUGGAUUAGUUGAGGAUUAUCUCACUUAACCUGCACAGAGUGCACGGCUUUCAGUGAAGACAUUUUGGCAGCGUGACAAAACUAUUACAUAACAAAAGCAUUUAUAAACCACCUUCUCUCUCCUCAGAUAGCAGGAAGGAGAAAAGUGCUGCAUUUAUAUGAAGUGUGUGAAAUAUGAAUGUGUGUGUGGUGAGAUAAUGUCAGGUGACUUGAUGACUUUACUGACUCUGUUUUCUGAUUGUGAUGAGACUGUGCAGUGUGAGCUCUAAACAUUCCUGAUUUUGUGACAUGAAAGAAAACUUCUUUAUUUCAGAUUUUGUUCUUGUCUCGUAUCUCUUAUUCUGUUGUUUUCAUUUCUUGUAUGCUAUCUAAUAAAGACUACUGCACUAAGA